CUCUGUUUCCGUUGCAAGUUGCAGCUCUACCGCGACAGAGAGAGACGCUUAGCCGUCCGGUGCGUCCUCGUCCAUUUUGUUUCCCGUGUUGUUUCCCUGCUAUGGCGGAGAUGGAUGACGGAGAUGAAUCCGGUUUGGUGCCUUCUCACAGUGGAGGAUCUGUGUCUGGUAAAGGUGGAGGGGACAAGAUGUUCUCUCUAAAGAAAUGGAACGCCGUUGCGAUGUGGAGCUGGGACGUGGAGUGUGAUACCUGUGCAAUUUGCAGAGUCCAGGUUAUGGAUGCUUGCCUUCGAUGCCAGGCAGAAAACAAGCAGGAAGAUUGUGUUGUGGUUUGGGGAGAAUGCAACCACUCAUUUCACAACUGCUGCAUGUCGCUGUGGGUGAAGCAGAACAACCGUUGCCCUCUCUGCCAGCAGGACUGGGUGGUGCAAAGAAUAGGAAAAUGAAACUGUGCUGCGUCCCAGAAAAUGAUUUAUAUAUGGGUUUGGGUGUUCUGUACAAUCUGAAAACCAUCAAGACCAUUGCCCUUGAAGAAUGUUGUUUAUGAAGACUGUAACUUCGAUUUUAGAAGGCAGUAAGACUGUCUGGAAGAACAUCACAAGAAUUGAUAUGCAUCAGAAGCAGUAACAAUGUGUUGGAGUUGUUGGAGUUAUUCAGCUUUGAGUAUUGUGUCUCAACAUGUUUGUGUUUCAUGUAAAAUAAAACAAUACCAUAAGAAA